GGGGGGGGGGGGGUGACCAAUGACAGUUUGAUGAUCGUUGCUGUAAUUGGUCCUACCUUGUUGCCAAGCCAUUUCCAAAAUAAAGAAGUGUGUGUUUAUGUCCAGGGGAGUCGGGGGGGGGGGGGAGUGACCAAUGACAGUUUGGUGAUCGUUGCUGUAAUUGGUCUUACUUUGUUGCCAAGCUGUUUCCAAAACAAAGAAGUGUGUGCUUAUUAUCUGGCACGAACCCUGAGGAGAGGGUUACUUGGAAUUCAAUCAUGGCAAGGUACAGUGCUCAGGAGGUCGUCGACUUCGUUACGGGUGAGGAAACCAGCAGCUCCGAUGAGGAUAGUGUACAGCCCAGCAGUACAACACAGGAGGUUGAAGAGAUCUGCGCCGAGGACGAGAUCUUUCCCUCCCGCAAAAGUGAAAUAACAUGGACAACCAGAGCAGAAGAUCGUGCUGCAGGUAGACUGCCAGCACGACACAUCCUGAGGACACCUCCAGGACCAACGAGGCAGUGCGUGUCACAGGCAGGGGACAUUAUAUCUGCCUUCAAAGCUUUCCUGCCUAGAUCAAUAGAGAGCAUCGUUGUCAGCAUGACAAAUAUAGAAGGCAGAAAGAGGUUUACUAGCAGCUGGGUGGACAUGACAACUGUUGAAUUGGAUGCCUUCAUCGGCGUCUGCAUUCUAGCAGGCGUAUUCAAGUCCAAAGGAGAGUCCGUCGCCAGCCUUUGGGAAUCGAAAUUUGGGAGACCAAUCUUCCCAGCGAUCAUGAGCAGGGUGCGGUUUGAGCAGCUGACAGUGGCCCUAAGGUUUGACGACAAAGGAUCGUGGGCAAGUAGAAGAACGGGUGACAAGCUUGCACUUAUCAGAGACAUCUGGGACCUGAGGUCAGGAAAUCUCCCGGCGAUGUACAAUCUUGGCAAGUACGACAAUCUUGGUACGACUUGACAGUGGACGAGCGCCUGGUACCAUUCAAAGGUACGUAAAAUGUGUUAUUUUUUAUUACCGAUCUACAGUUAUUAUAUAUACAUUGCUUCAAGUUUAUUGUUCAAAUAUAGAUCUCAUGUUCAUUAGCAAUGAAUCGUAAUGUAUCAUUGAUUUCGACCAGUUACCUUUUUCAUGAUUUGUGCCCGAGUAGUUAGGAGUUAGAUUGUAACGGGUUACCUAAAAAUGUGUACGUUGUAUCCGAUUGCUUCAUUUGACAUCAAAUUGAUAUUCCCCCGAUGCGUCCUUGCAGGACGCUGCUCCUUCAGGCAAUAUAUGCCUCGCAAGCCCGGGAGGUACGGACAAAAAAUCUGGGCGCUGUGCGACACCAGGCCAAGCUACUGCUGGCGAGUGAAGCUGUACACGUGAAAGCCUCCGGAGGAGGCACGGGAGGUCGAUUUGGGUACAAAAGUGGUGUUGGAACUGUCUGAGGGGCUGAGGGGGCACACCAUCACUCUUGAUAAUUUUUUCACCUCCUUCAGUCUGGGACAGGAGCUCCUCAAGCGCAACAUGACAAUGGUAGGCACUGUGCGCUGAAAUCAUCCAGAGCUGCCGCCUGCCCUGCUAGCAGCUAAGGGCAGGCUUGUACACUCUUCAAAGUUCGCAUUUUCCCAAGGCACCACACUGGUGUCUUACAUGCCAAAAAAAAACAAAAACGUGAUUCUAAUGAGCACGUUCCACACCAAGCCAAAUAUAAGCCAACGGCAAGACAAAAAGCCAGAAAUGAUAAUGUUUUACAACAAAACGAAGGCAGGGGUUGACACCAUGGACCAGCUCAUUUCCAACUAUUCGUGCAGAAGGAAAACCCCUCGCUGGCCCCUUGCAACGUUUUACAAUAUGCUGGACAUUUCGGUACACGAUGCCUACUUCGUGUGGCGGGAGGUCAAUCCUUGAUGGAGGACAGGAUCGAAAAGGAGGCGCAGGGUAUUCCUGCAAGAGCUAGUCAAAGCCCUAAUCGCUCCCACUGUUCUGCAGCGAACGCGUCUUCCUCGAGGGCCCUUUGCUGCAGCGGCGGUGAAAUCGUUUAGGGACACCCAGCCCGGUCCAGUCCCGCCUCCCCCGGAAGCGAAAUCUAAGAGAGAGAAUUGCAGCCUGUGCCAUUAUUCUGCUGACCGCAAAACGAACGCGCUGUGUCGCCAGUGUGGGGCACAAGUGUGGAAAGAGCAUUAUAGCAUUUUCUGUAAAAAAUGCAAACCAUAAACUGUAAAUAAUAAUCACUGUAAAUAGUUUAGUUUUAUUAUUCAUAGUGUUAUAGUGUAUGUUGUAGUUGAAGAUUGUUUGCCGCACUUGUUUGUGUUUUGUGUUCCCCUGUGUUCCUCUUUUCCUGUUUUAAGAAUUUAAACUUUUCCCGUUUGUUUCAAGAAUUGUAUUUACCUCUUUCUGUGUUCUGUGUUCCCAUUUUACCUGCAAUUAUCUCAUCAAUCUAAUUCAGCACUUUUAUGUAACCAUACUUUUGUUCUGUGUUCCCGUUUUACCCGCAAUCGUGUGUUCUCUGGUUCUGUAAUUGUUUUUUUGUUUUCUAAAAUGUAUUUCACAAGGUUCAUGUCUUUUUAUAAAGUUUCAUCCCUUUA